GAAGAAACGAGACGCAAGUUCGUAGCCGAAAUGCGAUGGACGAAUUAUAUUUCUGCAAAGCGAAUAGCAGCGACACGACAGUCGCGCUGUUAGUAAGUUCCACUUAAGACGUUCGAGCCAUUUGAAUACAGUCUAAGAAAAGUGCUCGUGUGAACAGCACCGAACGGCGGUGUUGACGGUGUUUUAAGACGUUACUUGGUUGGAAUAUAUUUCACAAGUUUGUUGGCCAACGCUGAAAAACAGCUGUGUGGCAGCAACAAAUUCGCAACAAAAGUGUAAAUAAAAUCAAAAGUUCAAAACAAAAACAAAACAAACAAAGAAAACAAAGAAAACAAAAACAAAAACAAAAAUUAAAAACGCAAACAAAAAUAAAAGCAAAGUGCGCAAGCUGUGUGUUGUAAUCCAAAGCAAAGCGAAGCAAUGAGAGUCAGCGCGCGUUGCGAGCAGUGAGCGUUAAUAUUUGUAAAUAAAGCGCGGCAUUGCAACAACAGUGCAGCAGCAACAAAAACAAACACGAAAAAUAAAUUCAAUCAAAAGUUGCAAAAUCUGCACGCGGCUCAGCUUUGCGCUAGUGUGUGUGUGUGGAAAAUCUCUGCACCGAACCAAUAUCAAAACAAAGCAAACUAAAUUAAAACGCAACGAAAGCGAAUCAGUGCAACAGAUAAAAACGCCAGAAGUGAAGAAAAAAACGCAAAAAGUGAAAUUACCGAAUUCAGCGCCAAACGCCAAACGCUGAACGCCGACUUUAACUGUCCACUCAGCGCGUGUGUCAGACCGUUGCUUGCCGAUCGCUCGUUAAAUUUCGGCAUGAACUGGAAUCAUACUAAAUUAUAAACAAAAUCAACAAAAGCAACUAAAAAUAAACAAAAACAACAACAUAAGAAACAACAACCACCAACCGAGCAACCAAACUAGCAAUUUACGGUGUCGUUUUAUUGCGACAUUUCGCAUUGCUGUGGGGCGUUCACAGCUUACAUUUGAUUACUUUUUCGGCAAUUAUCCGCCUUUGGAACUAUUCAUUGAGAGAAAAUUACAAAUAAAAUGGGUUUAUCGCGUGGAUUUGCGGUGCCAUUAUGGUACCUGGCGUGCGUUUGCUUCAUCAUUCAAACAGCCACCAACGUGCACGCACAGUCGCAGCAGAAGCGUUCAUCGCGCAUCACGAGCUCUCGCAGCUUCGGCACCAACGUCAAAGCGUCCGCCUCGAAUGGCAUUAAUUUCGACUGUCCCGAAGAGUUCGGCUACUACCCACACCCGACCGAUUGCACACAGUACUAUGUGUGUGUGUUCGGCGGUGCAUUGCUCGAGAGCUGCACCGGCGGACUGAUGUACUCGCACGAGCUGCAGACCUGUGACUGGCCACGCAAUGUGGGUUGUGAAGUUGUGGACAGCGGCGCAGGGUCUCUAGGCAGCAGCGGCAACGGUGGCGGCACUCGUGCAGGCAAGCAACAACAGCAACAGUCUAUUAAUAGUCAGCAUGUGCCAAGUCGCAUAAGAUUCGGUUCGGCCUUCAGCAGCCCAGCGGCGACCACACAACCACCUAAGGCGACAGUACCACCACAAUAUCAUCGUCAGCCACCACAGGUUAUACAGGCGCAGGUGCAGUCAUUGCCACAGCAUGCGGGUACAGUGAUCGGAACACGUGGACAACCGAAGCCAUUCGAUACACAAGAGGAUAUAGCCAAGCUUUACGCCGACGCGCAUGAGACGCUGCCACCCGUCGAGGAGGAGGAGAGCGAUCGUCAGCAACGCGUCUACCGUGGUCAACCGAGCACUGUGAGUCAGGUGCAGCGCGACCGUGAUGGCAUUAUACACCAGGCAAGCAUCAAUGCUAUACCGAAUCAUGGCAAGAUCGGCUCGUACACCUUCGGGUCUCAAUUUAGCCCCAAACAUGUUGACCUCAACUUACACAGCAAUGAUCUUGAUAUCGAACAGUUACUAGAAGAAAACGACUUGAGUAGCUUUGACUUGGAGGCUUAUGGACGCAUGAGCCGAGACUUGAACUCGGAAGAAACUGCGCAUAAGCGCGUCAAACGUGACUUGAAUAUAGGAAGCAGCGACGACACGAAAAUCGUAUUCAACACGGGCGAGAUUUUAAAGACUGAUGAGCAUCCAAAGACAUUAGGCGAACCACGCGUACUGGAAUACAAUACCGGCGAAAUAUUAAAGACUGAAGAAAACCAAAAAACGCUGGAGAGACCCAGAGACAUUGAAUACUUAAACACGGACGAAAUACUUCCGGAAACCGUUUUAAGCGCGAAACCGAUCGAACACGAAGAAAUGGCCGAACAUGCACAGAUAGAAGCCGCUAACAAACAAGCCUCAGAAGCGAAAGUACAUGAGGAGCUUAUGCAAGCCAAUUUAGAGCCUGAGGACAAUAUGCACGAUUCUGUGAUGGAAAUAGUGGCAAAAAUCUUGGAAGAACUGAAGGGUGGUGACAGGCAAGUAGAUAAAACGUUGGAUUCGCGUGGCACUGUAUCGCAGUUGGAUGAAGCGGCUGGUGUGCGCUCUGAAGCCGCGACCAGCAGCAAGCGCAUUGAUGAACCCUACGUUGCGAUCGACACCGCCGCGACCAAUCCAAUACCUGACACAGCUGCAGACCCUAUUAUGGAGACCUUAAACAGCAUAGCAGAGCUACUCGAUAUGGAUUACAACGACGACACCAAUGACACCGCAACCGCCGAGGCACGUCAGCGUGGCACACGCCAAUUGCGCCAGUUUUUCAAUGGACGCUCGCGGUUUCAAAUACAAAAUGUGCCCGGCACACAUUACCGCUCCAUUGAUGGUGUUGCAUACCAGCAACAACCGCAACAAUCGAGUUUUAGCUUCGGUUCAUAUAACCCGUUCUUGUCACCGCCAACAACCUCAGCCAACUAUAACCAACUGAGUCCGGGUUAUCAAGUGUAUCCACAACAACAACAGCAGCGCCCACAAACCUUUGGUGGACAGAAACAAAAGUUCACCUAUACGGCGGCACUGAAUCCACCGCCGCCACCACCACCUACACGCAUAGAGGAUGACUUCCGUCCAAUGGCGGCUAAUUACUAUCACACCACUUCCACACUCCGUCCAUCGACCUUAUCCGCCAGGCGUCCAAAUCUCUUUAACAACCCCGAAUUGAUACCCUACAUAUUGCAGUCACUGCGCGAGUAUCAGGAGCAGCGCAAGAAGAUGCAACAAGAGAAUUUCCAAUAUUUCCACUUAGACAAUCAGUCCGGCACGGAAUCGGAAACCACUGGUGCGUUGCCACAUGUUAGCACGACGGUGGCGCAAACGCCCUAUUUUCAGUCCACCCGAGCACCGACCAAAGUCACACCCAACUCACAUUAUGCGCAAUUCAGCACCGUCGGUGGAUUCUACAACAACAAGCCUAGCAGUGCGCAGCAAGAAGAUGUGCACGACUUCAAGUCCACCGCGAAGUAUCCCACUAAACUUGUCUCGCAAUACAGCAUCAUCGACAACUAUAUACCCACGACGACAGAAAGUAACUACUUCAACUACAAUAUUGUGGGAAAUCAGAAAAUCAAAAACUACUUCAGCACAAGCAAGCCUGCAAUUUUCGAAAGCUCCUUUCAGUCGGGCACCGCACCUCGUUACACCACACCUGCACCACCAACCUCGAAUAUUGACAUAGUUUCAGCGCCUAAUUUGGCAAACUUCCACGUGCCAACCACGACGAAUCUACCUAAAUAUAAUACCUUCUCGAAAUAUCCAGAAGGUCUUACGUUCGUCAACAAUACUUCACAGUUGCCGGAGUCGUAUCAGGUCUUCAGCAAAGUACGCACGACAACCACGUCGCCAAGAGUGAAAACUGUGCGGCCCACUACCUCAACUGUCAAUAUUUCAAACGGUCCCUCCCGAAAGCCCACUUUGUCACUGCAAUUUAAUGUGCCGGAGUUUGUGGCAAGUUUGCAAUCAUCGGAUUUGGCCAAUAUGAACCCGCAAGUGGUGAAUAUGAUCAAAUAUUUCAAGCAACUAAAUACACCACUGACCACACGUAAGCCGAUCGCGGCGAAUGUACCUACCAGUCAGGUGAAAAGACCCAUUGCACAGUUUGACGAGCAAAUUAAGGCAACCACCGAGCAGAACCGGCCACGCCCGACAGUAUCAACCACUAAGCGGCCGCCGAAGGGUUACGAGGACUUCCUCAAGAGCAUACCCAAUCAAGCGCACAAGUUCAAUUUGCACAGCGUUCAGCAGGCGAAGCCCUACACGUCCACCAGCACGUCUGCGCCCGAUUACUAUGAUGAAUACGAAGAAGAAGAGGAACCGAUCGGCACGGAUACAGAUGACGACAUAAUGCCGCCCUCACAAAUGCCACCAUACAUGCCAAUGUCUGAGACCAUGGCACCACCGCGCCCACAAUUUAUGCCGCCCGCAGUCAUGACGACCGUUAGUCCACACUUGAGGCCCAGUUUCCAGACAGGCUACAUCGAAGCUACAACCACGCGUAGACCAUUCGGCGACACACAAUUUCAGCAAUUCUACCAGACAACAAACAAUCAGGCCAACAAGCAGAACAAUCAAAUACCGUCGUUUAUAAACUUCCCGAGCGAUAUCUUCCAGGAGUUCAAACAGCGCUUGCCCCCGAAACCGCAACAAGGCACGACGGCACCGACUUGGACACACAGCAACAAUAACAAUAUACAUUUGACGACCAGCAAGACAACCACGACACCUACGCCGCGUACAACAACAAGUACCACAACAACCACUAUGACAACAACAACAACGACAACACAACGUACGCGCUACACGGUGCGUCCGAAUCGUCAUCGCGGCCAGAGUAAGUGGCAAAGCAACAACAGCAAUGCCAACAAGGAGCUGAACAACAUCGAACCGAACAGCAACAACGACAUCAACAAAAGCAACAAAACCGAUUUCGCUGCACAAAACUUUCGCAAACGACCCGCAGCCACACCGGCGUCCUCAGCACUGGGUUCGCUGCAGUUGAACGUCAACAUGCACCUGGACAUGGCGGACGGUGGACAAAGGGAUAUAGAGUACCAGCAGCAGCAGCAGCAGCAACAACAACAGGAGCAACAACAGCAACAGUAUCAGCCACAGCCACAGCAGCCGGUGCGUCAACAACCCGUCCAACAAUCGACCUAUCGCCCAUUGGAAAUACUAACAACACCCGCCCCCCAAGUGCCACUACGAGAGACUUAUCAGCCACAAGAGAAGCCAACGUACAAUAAUCAACAGUCGUUGAUUUAUAAUACCGACUAUGACGAGGAUCUUAUUGCACAGAUCGAACAGGAUAAUGUGUAUGAUCAGCCGACCCGUCCACCAACGCGUGAGCGCGUCACCAUUGCAACAUUACCAACACCAACAACGUCACAUCCACCGCGCCAGCCGGUCAGCAAUGUGCGCAACGUCUACGUCCAGCCGCCGACCGCCGUUGAUGAUGCACCGUUAUAUGAGUCGGCUUACGACAACAGCGCCGAACUGUAUGACGAUGUGCCCGCAUAUGAGCUGGUUACCGAUCGUGCGGUGUACGAGCAGCCACGACGCUUCACAACCUAUGCGCCGAAGUUGGUGGCCACGCAAGAUGCGGACGAAUACAAUGUGAUCGGCACGACGCGCUACGAUGAAGAUUUCAAGAAGGUAUUCAACCCGACCGCCACGGACUACGUUGAACCGCCGACCAGUAGGGUGGUCACGGCACCAACGCGCCGCGGCAAUGCCGAUUCGACGACACUCGCGCAACGCCGCCAGCCAACAACAGCAAUAACAACAACUCAGGCGCCAAGAACAACACCGCGCACGACAACCACGCCGAGGACGACCACAACAGCGCCGACACGCACUACACAAGUUGCGCGCACCACACAGCCGGCCACAACAGCAACGAAGUCGUUAAGAUCUAAAACGCAUGCAAACAAAUACCAAAAGAACCAACGUUCACAAGUCAAUUCCCAACAACCUUCCGCCAUCAACACACCAUCUACAUCUUCCCACACACCAAUACAAAGAAAACCAACAACAUUACCACACACAACAACAACUAUUACACCAAUAUCCCAAUCGUUUUCCAGCUCACAAUACGUCGAUUCCGACGAAACCGUUGUCACGGUUGUCGCCAAGUCCCACAGUUACCCCAAAUCCAACCCAAAUACGCAACAAAGUCAAAAUCCACCACAAACAGCACACUCAACACACUCACAGUCAACACCGGUCUAUUUACGGACAGUAGGCGACAUUGAAACCGUAUCGGACGCAAGUCAGAACGUACGGGUGCAGACGUCGGAACCCUUCAGCAGCGCGGGACGCUCGCUUGAGUCAAGCACGACUAAAAGAUCGAAAUUUUUAGCGGCCAUCGACAAUGUGGAAGACUAUACAGAAGGUUCACGUAGCAAUUCGGUGCGUGUGAUCGGCGCUAAAAAUCUCUCAAAUGCUAAAUAUUCCGCUAAUGAAAACAUCUACAAUAGUAAUAGGCAACGGGAAGGGUAUUAUGGUAAAAAUUCCAACGAGGAACCGCAGCAGCAGCGCUUAGGUAAUUUUGAGAAGCCAAAAAGUAGACUGCAAAGCUAUAUUGUUUCCGAUAUUGCGCCACAGAGUUUUAAACCUGUUCCGACAGUGAAAGUAGUGCCACUGCCAUCUUCAGAACGCGUGCUGAGUUUAGAGCACACAAGUGAUGAGAGCUCCUCAUCCAGCACAACCUCAACCUUGCGUUAUCCCACAAAUAUUGUUUUUGAACCGAAACCUUUCAAGUACAAUUUGCAAACCGGUUCGAAUGGUUUCAGUUUGCGCGCACAAAACGCGGACGAAACAGAGGGACCCAUCUACGAACGUAGACCCAAUGCGGCAGCGCAAAAACUUACGACAACAAGCCGAGCAAUUGUUACGCCCAUCACAAGCACGGCCGCAGCGAGUGCACCGGCGCAGAAAUCGCCCUUUUAUGACUCCUCCUACGAGGAUGAUAUUGUCCCAACCACCUAUGCCCCGCCAUUGCGUAGCGCAUGGCGUCUGGGUCGUACUAGUGACAGGCCCUUGCAACAUAUCGUUUUGGAAACCGAGUUGGAGAAUGAUCAUGUCUAUAGCUCGGGUAGCGAGCAAAGUGUGGUAACAGCUCUGAAAGAUACGAGCACUGCACACCCUGCCACAAGUACUAGUACCACAACGACGAGCACAACGCCACGAACUACUACAACUACCACAACAACUACUACUACCACAACAACUACGACAACUGCAGCCCCUCCACCGACAACCACCUUUGUUUUCUCUACUACAGAGCGCGCUGCUCCGAGCUACACACCGCGCACACUUACAUUUAAAGAUAACCUUAUUAAAACCACUGGAACUCCGGCUCAGCGUUUUGUCUCGCCUUACAAAAGUCUGGAAACGAUACUCCAAGAAAAGGAAGAUCGUUAUACAGGUUUCAAUGGACUGCGUAGCACGGUCAAGCCACGCUACACCAGCCCUACCACUCCUACAACAUUUACCCAGAGCACUAGUGCCAAACCUGUACGCAGCUAUUUCCUCAUCACAACUCCUCAACGCAACCUCACUGAUUCCAUUCUGUCUACCGCGUCGACAGCUAUGCGAAAUUUCAGUGUAAGUGAUACUAUACUCAACACCUUUUCUAACACACCACUCAGAGCUUCAACGACCACAACAACCACCACCCCGGUGCCAGUAACAGAGGCUACAACCGAGAGUACAACGCCCACUACCAUGUCGACAGUAAUUGUAACUUCGCCCAUACGCGUCUCACAGGCACUUUCGUAUCAAAAUCUACUAAAACUCGAUCAUAGCUCACUUAAUUCAGAAACCCCUCGUCCACGCGGACGCUCUAGGUAUUCUGCAGCUACAGUCAACGCAGCCGACGAACCCACAACUUAUGCGCCGCGCGGACGUUAUUCUGGCACAAAUGCUCAGGAAUCCGUUACGAGUUCACCACUGGAAGCCUACCCACAAAGAAGAAAACAACAACGCGCGCGUAUUGUGGGCGUUCAAGGUCAACGAAAUACGCUUGGGGCAAGCUCACUGAAAUCUCGUGAAAAAUACGAAAAUUAUAAGGCGGAGAAGAAACAGCAGCAGGCUGCUGCAAACACAUAUGGACAACCGGCACAGAAGACAGUGAAUCGCAAACCCAUUGAAAAUGAAUCCACCAUAGAUGAUGGUCCACGCGCUGAAGCUUUGAUACGACAACCCAUCGAUGGGAAACAAGACAACAGUAUCGAAUCUGCAGUGAGCGCCAGCUCAUCAGCCUCCACAGAGCAACAGGUUGGGGAGCUCAAGGAGCGUCCACCAAAAUACCUGUUUUCAAACAAGUACCGACAGCAGACGAAGGAUCGCACAUUGGCGGAAAGUCUACAGAAUGCUGGUUACAUCACAUCCAGCACAAGUCGCACGAGAUACGAUCCCUCUUCCGUGUUGGAACAACUUCAGCUCUUCCUUGCCGGCGAUAGUGACGAAAGUAGUGCCCAACAAUUCGUGGAUGACUUUUCAGAGCGCGAAAUAAGUGCUGCCGUGAAAGAGAUCAAAAAUUUGUACACCACACCACGUGCCAAGCUCACGACAACGCCAACAACCAGCAGCACUUCGACAACUACUUCCACAACAACAACAACGACGACGACAACCACUCAUAGACCACCGACCACCACAACAACCACAACGCUACGUCCGACUACUACGGCUACGCCGCCUACUGCAGCGUACCGCACAACAACUACAACAAACACUACACCAACCACAAGCGCAACCGCAACAGUUGCGUCCAAUCGUUCCCCAACACAAAACACUUAUACACAAACCAAACAACACACAUCUCCUACAUCAAGAUCCACCACCGACAGCACAACGUCCUCCUCCCAAACGCCCGCCUCCCUUGCAACUGCCAGCAGCACGCCAGCGAGCACUGUCAAGUCCCUGCUAACGCCAAUGCGUGCUUCAAGAGUCAAUAACGCCAUCAAGUCGUCGAUUGCCGCUGCCGCUUACUCCGCACCUUCUUCGCCCUCCGCUCCCAACUCCAACUCUAACUCCGCCUCUGCCUCGCCGGCAGCCGCCAACGCGGCCAGAGGUAACAGUAUUAAGGCCAGUGCUUACGCCACGAACGCCGGUGCAGCGGUCAAGUGCGCAGACACCACAUCGAAUGCCAAGUGCAACGAAAUUCCCUCGAGAACAAAUUCGAAUAACAAUCGUAAUCGCGGUAGCUCCUCCUACGUCGGCCAGGAACGUGACACGCCCACAGCAGUGACCAGCAACCGCGGCACGCAUCCACCACGCACACGUCCGACCUUGAAGCCCUCCGGCACGAUUGUCUCGAAGGCGCAGGAGUUCGUCGAUAUCUACAGAUAUCCACCCACGCGUCCCGAACCGCUCUAUCCACAACCGACGCCGGACAAGACGGCUGCCAAGUGCCGCAAGGAUGUUUGCCUGCUGCCUGAUUGCGCCUGCGGUGGCAAGGACAUUCCCGGCGGUUUGAGCGUCGAUGAGGUGCCACAAAUGGUGCUGAUCACUUUCGACGAUGCGAUCAGCAUACUGAAUAUCGAUAUCUUCGCAGAGCUCUUCAACAAUAAGUCGCGCUACAAUCCCAAUGGCUGCCCGUUACGCGCCACCUUCUAUGUCUCGCACGAGUGGACCGAUUAUGGCAUGGUGCAAGAUCUCUAUGCGGAUGGACAUGAAAUGGCGUCGCACUCCGUCUCUCACAGCUUCGGUGAACAAUUCUCGCAGAAGAAAUGGACGCGUGAGAUCGCCGGUCAACGUGAAAUUCUCGCCGCCUACGGUGGCGUGAAACUCUCCGAUGUGCGUGGCAUGCGCGCGCCCUUCCUCUCUGUCGGCGGCAAUAAAAUGUACAAGAUGCUUUACGACUCCAACUUUACCUACGACUCGUCGCUGCCGGUCUACGAGAAUCGCCCGCCAUCGUGGCCCUACACCUUCGAUUAUAAGAUCUUCCACGACUGUAUGAUACCGCCAUGCCCGACACGCAGCUACCCGGGUGUGUGGCAAGUGCCUAUGGUAAUGUGGCAGGAUUUGAAUGGUGGCCGUUGUUCGAUGGGUGACGCCUGCUCGAAUCCCAGCGAGUCUGAAGGUGUGACCAAAAUGAUCAUGAAGAACUUCGAACGCCAUUACCAAACGAACAGAGCACCAUUCGGUCUGUUCUACCACGCCGCUUGGUUCACUCAACCGCACCACAAGGAAGGUUUCAUCAAAUUCUUGGACACCAUCAAUCAAAUGCCCGACGUUUGGAUUGUGACCAAUUGGCAAAUGUUGCAAUGGGUUCGCGAUCCCACACCGAUCUCGCGCAUCAACUCCUUCCAGCCAUUCCAGUGUGAUUACUCGGACCGUCCGAAGCGUUGCAACAACCCCAAGGUCUGCAAUCUGUGGCACAAAUCCGGUGUACGCUACAUGAAAACAUGCCAACCCUGCCCCGACAUCUAUCCAUGGACCGGCAAAUCGGGCAUACGUUCCUCACGUAUCGACAAUGAAAUCGAAGAUUCGACAGCGUAAAUGGCAAACAGUGUGUGUGUGGGCUAAAGACAACCGUUAGUAGUGUAUGUGUGUGUGAGGCAGGUGUAUAAGUUAAGGCCAAGCAAAGCGCCGUCAAGUUAACUGCGGUGAGCAACGCGUGCGCUUUGCUAAUUGUAAAUACCGACGAGGGUCAAAGAAAAAAGGAGAAAAAGGAAGCAAGCAGGAAGAGAAGCAUACACACAUACAAACCAUCCAUACAACUGUAAAUGCACAAAAUAUACAAUUCACUCGUUAGCACCAACAAAAACUUUAUUUAGCAAAUAACAACAAAAAAGCAUCAACGAAUCAUUGGCUAAAUGAAAUUUCGUAUUUUAUGACUUAAAAAAGCAAAAACUAUUUAUUAAAUCCUACAUUUUUUCGAAAUUCUAGUAUUAAAUUUGUAUUAGUUGUAAAUGCGAAAAC